AUGGUUUUCUCGCGGGGAGCUGCCCAGAUUACCUCAAUCCAUGCUGUACCAUCCAUGAGAACUGAGGUUCCAGUCAUCAACCACUCGUUGGAGUUAUCCAACUUGAGAAAGAGUUUGUUGAACAGGCCAGGGUUGUUAGGCAUAAAGCGCGGAAUGAUUUCAUGGUUCACCGAAGCCGGUGAGCAGUUUGCGGCAACAGUUAUCGAGAUAGACUCUUGUGAAGUGAUCAAGCAAAAGACUGUAGAAUCAGAUGGAUACUGGUCCGUCUUACUUGGACAAAUCGACAAGUUGAAGAAUGUCAACGAGAAGGAGUUAGUCAAGUUUGAAGCCGCUGGUGUUUCUCCCAAACAGAAUAUUGGCGAAUUCAGAGUCAGAGACAAAUCGGGUUUAAUCCCUGUAGGCACAGAGUUGAAGGCAGACUACUUUUCUGUGGGACAAUUGGUAGAUAUCAAGGCUGUAUCCAAAGGUAAAGGUUUCGCAGGUGUGAUGAAGAGACAUGGUUUCAAAGGUUUAAAUGCAUCGCAUGGUGUUUCUUUGUCCCACAGAUCUGCCGGUGGUAUGGGUGGUAACCAAGAUCCAGGUAGAGUAUUGCCAGGUAAGAAGAUGGCUGGUAGAAUGGGAGGAAGAAACUGCACUGUCUUCAAUAAUGAAGUUUUACAUGCUGACGGAGAGGCUGGCAUUUUGGUGGUCAAGGGCCAAAUUCCAGGUCCAGCCAGAGGGUUUGUCAAGAUUCUUGAUGCUACCAAACUCUACGGAAAGUCGCUUAAUGAUAUCAAGAACAAUUUGUAA